CUGCUGGGUGGGAUGGGGUCUGAUGGGACCCUGGAGGGGUGCUGGGACCGAGGGGACGUUGCUCCCUGUCUGCUCCCCCCCGUGCAGGAUCUACGUGUACACCCACCGGCGGAUGGCCAUAACUGCUGAGGACGUCUGGCUGGAGAAGGUUAUCCCCAUCACAGAAGGGUUUGCAGUGGAAGAAGUUGUGCUUGACAGUGACCUUCACGUCAUCGGCUCUGACGUGACUGUCCGGAUCAGCUCAGAGGAUGAUCAGCUCACGGUGCAGUUGCCGUUUGGUUCCCACACGCGCACGUUCCUUCAGGAGGUGGCCCGGUGCUGCCCAGAAGCAGUUGGCUCUGAAGGCAUCAAGCAGAAUGGGAAGAAGCUCUCGGGCAGCCUGAACCGGGGCCACGACAGCACGGAUAAAAGUACCCCCAGGCAAAACAAACUCAAACCUGAAGUGACAACUGAAAUGGUGCGGUCCUCCAGCAUAAUGGAUUCAAACACGGCUUCAAUCUUAUCAGAACCAAAUUUUGGACUAAGAGAUACUAUUGUUAAAUCUCAGCUUCUACAAAUGGAGGAUUCCUACACACACAUCCAGAACUUCAGGUUUUUUGUCGGGACGUACAACGUGAACGGCCAACCGCCCCGAGAGAGCCUCCAGCCCUGGCUGAGGUGUGAUGCUGAGCCCCCAGAUGUUUACUGCGUGGGUUUCCAGGAGCUUGAUCUGAGUAAAGAAGCCUUCUUUUUCAAUGACACACCGAAGGAAGAAGAGUGGUUUAAAGCUGUAACUGAUAGUCUUCACCCAGAUGCCAAAUAUGCAAAGGUGAAACUUGUGCGGCUUGUGGGAAUCAUGCUUCUCUUGUACGUGAGAGCAGACCUUGCUUUGAACAUCUCUGAGGUGGAAAUUGAGACUGUGGGAACUGGAAUCAUGGGCAGGAUGGGUAACAAAGGUGGUGUUGCCAUAAGGUUUAAAUUCCACAACACUAGCGUGUGCGUUGUGAAUUCUCACCUUGCAGCUCACAUGGAGGAAUAUGAGAGGAGGAACCAGGACUUCAAAGACAUCUGCUCUCGGAUGCAGUUCUGCCAGUCGGAUCCAAAUUUGCCCCCUCUCACUAUCAGUGAGCACGAUGUCAUCUUAUGGUUGGGUGACCUCAACUAUCGGCUGGAGGAACUGGAUGUGGCAAAAGUGAAGCAGCUGGUGGAUGAGAGAGCGUUUCUGGAGCUCUGCCAGUAUGACCAGCUAAAGAGGCAAAUUAAUGCAAAUGCAGCCUUUGAAGGCUUUACAGAGGGAGAGAUUUCUUUCCAGCCAACCUACAAAUACGAUGCUGGCUGCGAUGACUGGGACACGAGUGAGAAGUGUCGCGUCCCAGCGUGGUGUGAUCGGAUCCUCUGGAAAGGGCAGAACGUCUCUCAGCUGAGCUACCGCAGCCACAUGGCUCUGAAGAUCAGUGACCAUAAGCCAGUCAGCUCUGUGUUUGAUAUCGGGGUGAAGGUGGUGGAUGAGGACCUCUACCGAAAAGCCUUUGAGGAAAUAGUCCGCUCCCUGGAUAAGCUGGAGAAUGCCAACAUCCCCUCGGUGACGCUCUCCCAGAGAGAGUUCCAUUUUGAGGAUGUUAAAUACAUGCAGCUGCAGGUGGAGAAGUUUACAAUCCACAAUGGACCAGUGCCCUGCCAUUUCGAAUUCAUCAGCAAACCUGAUGAGCAAACCUACUGCAAGGAGUGGCUGAUUGCUAACCCCAGUAAGGGCUUUCUGCUGGCAGACGCUAAGAUCACAAUUGAGUUGGAGGUGUUUGUCAAUAAAUCAACAGCUACACACUUAAACUCUGGAGAGGAAAAACUUGAAGAUAUCUUGGUUUUGCAUCUUAACAAGGGGAAGGAUUAUUUUCUAUCUGUAACGGGCAACUACCUGCCAAGUUGCUUUGGGUCUCCCAUUCAUACGCUGUGUUACAUGAGGGAACCGAUCCAGGACAUGUCAGCGGAAUCCAUCCGGAAACUUACCCUGAUGCCACUAGAAAUGAGCGAUGGUAUUGUUCAAGGUGAAAAGCCUAUGGACAUUCCAAAGGAGCUGUGGAUGAUGGUGGACCACUUGUACCGCAACGCUUCCCAGCAGGAAGACCUGUUUCAGCAACCAGGCCUCAGAUCGGAAUUUGAGCAAAUCCGAGAUUGUUUGGAUAAAGGAAUGCAUGAUACCCUCUUUGGCAGCAACCACUCGGUAGCAGAAGCCCUGCUGCUCUUCCUGGAGAGCCUGCCAGAGCCCGUCAUCUGCCACAGGUUCUACAGCAGCUGCUUGGAGAACACUGACAACUACCUGAUGAGCAGCCAGAUUAUCUCUAACCUGCCGGGGUGCCAUAAAAAUGUAUUUCAAUAUCUAAUGGCGUUUCUACGAGAACUACUGAAAAAUUCAGGGAAAAACCAUUUGGAUGUGAAUAUUCUUGCGAGUAUAUUUGGUGGCUUGUUACUCCGACCUCCUCCUGGGCAUCCUGCGCCUGACAUAACUGAGAAGAGGAAAGCUCAGCAGUUUAUCCAUCAGUUCCUCUUGAGAGAAGACAAUUUAGCAUGAAUUUCAGAUGCAGCUAAUCUGAUGUUGAGAUAUCAAGUCACUGUAAAAAUGUUUGGGUUUUUUUUUUUGUACAGUAUACUGGCUUUUUAUAUAUAUAUAUCACAGUAUUUUAUACAAUCUACUGCUUUUGAAGGUCGAACUUGUGGUCCAGGUGGGCCCAGGCCUCCAUGAUGGCCAUAGUGUUGCUCAGCAUGCAGACAGCCCACUGCACUUUGGCCAGGUCACCCCCGGGCACCACCGUGGGAGGUUGGUAGUUGAUGGCCACCUUGAAUUCUGUGGGGCACCAGUCCACAAACUGGAUCGCCUGGUGUGUUGUAAUGGCUGCAAUGGCCACGUUCACAUCCUGGGGCACCACGUCUCCCCAGUGCAGCAGGCAGCAGGCCCUGUACUUGCCAUGGCGUGGGUCACAUUUCACCAUCUGGUUGGAGAACUCAAAUCAAGCGUUGGUGAUCUCCAGCACUGAGAGUGGUUCGUGGUCAGCUUUCUCUGCCGAGAUGAUGGGCACGUAAGUGGUGAGUGGGAAGUGAAUCCAUGUGUAGGGCACCAGGUUGGUCUAGAAUUCGAUCAAGUCAACAUUCAAAGCGCCGUUAAAUCUCAAGGAAGUAGUGACCGAUGAGACAAUCUGUCCAAUCAGCCUGUUGAGGUUGGUGUAGGUGGGACGCUCGAUGUCCAGGUUGCGGUUGCAGAUGUCACAGAUGGCCUCAUUAUCCACCAUGAAGGAGCAAUCUGAGUACUUGAGAGUGGUAUGUGUAGUGAGGAUGGAGUUGUAGGACUCCACUCCUGCUGUGGAGACCUGUGGGGCUGGGUACACAGAGAACUCCAGCUUGGAAUUCUUGCUGUGCUCCCUCCUGGGGAGGGAGGUGAGCCUGGAGUCUGUGCCUCCCCCAAAGUUGUGAAAGACCAGGAAGGAACCCUUGGAGUCCACUGCACUGGUCAGCCUGCAGCAGAAUAAUAUAUAUUUACCUCUCUCUGCUAAGGACUGGAAUAACUAUCCCAAAUAAUACAGCAAUAAAUUCUGCUUAGAGGAUUUCCUGGCCAGAGCACACCCAAUCCCUAGAGUGGAUUCACGCCGUAUGUCACCCUCCUGAACAUCUAAAGUGUCCACGUGUUAAUGUCUAGUAAAUCAUACUGUUGAUCAGGCAAUUUGAAUCACGAGUCACUUUAAGCUGUAAAGUGUAUCAAGUUUCUAAACAAGCAAAAAUACAGAAGCUGAUAUUUACACUGUAUUUUAUUUAACUUGUAUUAAAACUCAAAAUUUUUAAGUCCUUGUUAUUUAAAUAAAAAAAAUUCUCUAUGCA